AUGCACAACAACAGCAGCAACGGCCAGCGCGUUGGCACGUCGGCAGCAGCAGCGGGCGACGCAAUUGUCAUUGUCGGCGCGGGCAUCAUCGGCCUGGACGUUGCUCUCGUGCUGGCUGAGCGGGGACUGGGCCCCUACAUCACCGUCAUUGCUGAGCAUCUGCCGGGAGACACGGCUGCUACGUAUACGUCGCCUUGGGCUGGAUGCAACUUUUCUGGCAUCUCGGGCAACGACAAGAAUGCGCUGAAAUGGGACCGCCUCGGCUACACCCAUCUCACAAAGCUGGCUUCUGAGCAGGGCGACGAGGCCUAUAUCCGGCGGACUCACUCAGUCGAGUAUUGGGAUGAGCACGUGCCCCACGAGAAGAUCAAGGCCAUAUCCGAGUAUCUGGAAGAUUUCCGCGAGCUGCCUAGCCAUGAGCUCCCGCCCGGCGUCAAGUUUGGCAUAUCCUUCACCACCCUGACGCUCAAUGCCCCCAAGCACAUUGAGUAUCUCUUCCGCCGGCUCAAGGAGCAGUACGGCGUGCACUUUGUGCGACACAGGUUCCCCACCAUCCAAGCUGCAUAUGCCAGUCCCACCACAAAGGUCGUUGUGAACUGCACCGGUAUCGCGGCAAAGACCUUGCCCGGCGUGGAAGAUGAGAAGUGCUAUCCCACCCGUGGCCAGGUUGUCCUUGUAAAGGCACCGCGCGUCAAGAGAAACAUUAUGCGCCAUGGCAGGGACUAUGAGACGUAUGUGAUUCCGCGGCCUGGUACGGAUGGCCACGUUAUCCUGGGAGGAUACAUGCAAAAGGGCUCGAGCGAUGGAUCAACGUAUUCGUACGAGACGGAAUCCAUCGUCAACCGCUGCCUGAAACUGUGCCCCGAGCUGCAGCAAUUCGACAUCAUCGCCUCCUUCGCCGGCCUGCGCCCAUCCCGCGAGGGCGGUGCGCGCAUUGAGCGAGAAGAGAUUGUCAUUGACGGCAAGAAAAAGGUGCUUGUGCACAAUUACGGCGCUGGAGGCACAGGAUAUCAGGCGGGAUAUGGCAUGGCCUUGGAGGCGGUUAGCCAGGUAGACGAUGUAUUGCGAGAUUUGGAGCGGGCCAGUCGACGAGCGCGACUGUAG